AUGGCUAUCCAGACGAUUCUUAUCGCCGCUGCGGCGGUGGUCUACUUCCUGGUGCGCUACAUGAACCGCACCGAUGUGCCCAAGAUUAAGGGCAUCCCCGAAAUCCCCGGUGUGCCCCUCUUUGGCAAUCUCCUCCAGCUGGGCACUCAACAUGCCAUCGUCGCCCGGAAAUGGGCCAAGUCAUUUGGCCCUGUGUUCCAAGUCCGUAUGGGCAACAAGCGCGUCGUCUUCGCCAACAGCUUCGACUCUGUCCGCCAGCUCUGGAUCAAAGACCAGUCUGCCCUGAUCUCCCGUCCCACCUUCCACACCUUCCACAGCGUCGUAUCUUCCUCGCAGGGCUUCACCAUCGGUACCUCGCCCUGGGAUGAAUCCUGCAAGCGUCGUCGCAAGGCGGCCGCCACCGCGCUGAACCGCCCUGCCGUGCAAUCCUACAUGCCCAUUAUCGACCUCGAAUGCACUGCCAGUAUCAAGGAAUUGUUCAAGGACAGCCAGAACGGCACCCGCGAUAUCAACCCCAAGGCUUACUUCCAGCGCUUCGCCCUCAACACCAGUCUUACUCUCAACUACGGAUUCCGUAUCGAAGGCAAUGUCAACGAUGAGCUGCUGCAUGAGAUUGUUAAUGUCGAGCGUGGUGUCGCCAACUUCCGCAGUACCAGCAACAACUGGCAGGACUACAUCCCUCUGCUUCGUAUUUUCCCCAAGCAGAACCGUGAGGCACAGGAGUUCCGCGAGCGCCGCGACAAGUAUCUGAGCUAUUUGCUGGAGAUUCUCAAGGACCGUAUUGCCAAGGGCACUGACAAGCCAUGCAUCACCGGUAACAUUCUGAAGGACCCUGAGGCCAAGCUGAACGAAGCCGAGAUCAAAUCCAUCUGCGUCACCAUGGUCUCUGCCGGACUGGACACUGUCCCUGGAAACCUGGUCAUGGGCAUCGCUUAUCUGGCAUCCGAGGACGGCCAGCGGAUCCAGCAAAAGGCUUACGAUGAAAUCAUGAAGGUCUACCCCAAUGGAGAUGCGUGGGAGAAAUGUCUGGUGGAGGAGAAGGUGCCCUACGUGAGCGCGCUGGUCCGCGAGACUCUCCGCUUCUGGACGGUCAUUCCCAUCUGCCUGCCCCGUGAGAGCACCAAGGAUAUCGAGUACAACGGCGCGACUAUUCCUGCCGGAACGACCUUCUUCAUGAACGCCUGGGCCGCCGACUACGACGAAGACCAUUUCAAGAUGCCGGAAAAGUUCAUUCCUGAGCGCUAUCUGGAUGUCGGUGAGGGUUCUGGCACGCCGCACUAUGGCUACGGCGCUGGUUCGCGCAUGUGUGCCGGUUCUCAUCUGGCCAACCGCGAGCUCUUCACGGCUUACAUUCGGUUGAUCACCGCAUUCACCAUGCACCCGUCCCGCGAUCUGGCGGAUCGGCCUAUCCUGGAUGCACUGGAGUGCAAUGAGAUCCCUACGGGAUUGACGACGGAGCCCAAGCCAUUCAAGGUGGGCUUUAAGCCGAGGGAUCCGGUGAAGCUGCAGCAGUGGAUUGUGGAAAGCGAUGAGCGGACCAAAGAUUUGUAA